ACAUUAUCCGAGUGCGAUUUUUGCAAAUUUCUUUACUGAUAAUGCAAUUAAAUCAACGUGCUGAUAUAUUGAGAGAUGCAAUACUUACAUUGGCGGCUCAAAAUAAGCCAAAGUCCAAAUAUGGAAUUGAUAUCUGGAAGCCGUAUACUUCUUGGGAAUAUGAACAACUGAAUGUAAUGCGUUUGAUAUAUGGACGUUUGUAUGAAGCGUACCAAACACUAAGUGAAUGCUUUGGCUGGUCUUUAAUUAUUAUGUUAAUGUCUUCGUUAUGUGAAUUUGUUUCAAAAGCAUUUUGGAGUUUUGAAGCAAUACGUAAUAAUCAAAUGUACCGAAUUAUUUUUAACUCCUCAACGGUUUUAUCCCUUACAUGUUUGGUAUCACUACUUCUGUUACUUGGAGAUGAAGGAGAGGGAAAAAGUCGAAAUAUUGGUUGUCUUAUCUUUAAGCUUGUGAAGCCUCUUGGAAAUAAACGUUACAAUGACUUAGUGAGCGAAUUCUCCUUGCAAACGCUACAUCAACGUUUCGUUAUCACAGCAAAGGAAUUCUUCAACUUAAAUUUGAAUUUACUAGGAAGCAUGGUUGCUGCUAUUGUGACAUAUUUGGUAAUUCUUAUACAAUUUAUGUUGUCGGAAGGAACUGAUCAGAAACAUCCAAAUACUACAAAUACUACCGUCUCAGCUAUCCUCUCGAAUAUUUCUUAUAAUUUUUCGACAACAAAAGUGAUUGAAAAUGUAUUUACUACUGCACUUUCUACUGAAAUUCCAGACAGAAUUUAAAUAAAUCAUAAAUUUAUAUUGUUGUUCUAGCAAAGAAAUAGCACUUAUAUUUUUAUGCG